CUCCAGACCCAGACCCACUUCCACGGGAGCUCCUCCUCACAAGACACUCUGCACUCCUGCUGUAACUGUCGGCCAGCUUUGUACCCGUACUUAUCCCUGACUCAUCUGACCAAUCACAAUGGAAGAAGAAGAGGCCACAGCUUUGGUGAUCGACAAUGGCUCCGGCCUCUGCAAGGCUGGCUUCGCCGGUGACGACGCGCCCAGGGCAGUCUUCCCUUCCAUCGUCGGCCGCCCAAGGCAUCAGGGCGUGAUGGUCGGUAUGGGUCAGAAGGACGCCUACGUCGGUGAUGAGGCUCAGAGCAAGAGAGGUAUCCUCUCUCUGAAAUACCCCAUCGAACACGGUAUUGUCACCAACUGGGACGACAUGGAGAGGAUCUGGCACCACGCUUUCUACAACGAGCUGCGUAUCGCCCCCGAGGAGCACCCCAUCCUCCUUACUGAGCCCCCACUGAACCCCAAAGCCAACAGGGAAAAGAUGACCCAGUUGAUGUUCGAGACCUUCAACGCCCCCGCCAUGUACGUGGCCAUCCAAGCCGUGCUGUCCCUGUACGCCUCCGGUCGUACCACCGGUAUCGUCAUGGACACCGGUGACGGUGUGACCCACGCCGUGCCCAUCUAUGAGGGCUACUGUCUCCCCCACGCCAUCAUGCGUCUGGACCUGGCCGGAAGGGACCUGACCCACUACCUGAUGAGAAUCCUCUGCGACCGCGGCUACUCUUUUGUGACCACUGCUGAGAGAGAAAUUGUCCGUGACGUGAAGGAGAAGCUGUGCUAUGUGGCCCUGGACUUCGAGCAGGAGAUGAUGACUGCGGCCACCACCUCCAGCCUGGAGAAGAGCUACGAGCUGCCUGACGGACAGGUCAUCACCAUCGGCAACGAGAGGUUCCGCUGCCCCGAGACCCUGUUCCAACCUUCCUUCAUCGGCAUGGAAUCUCCCGGUAUCCACGAGCAAACCUACAACAGCAUCAUGAAGUGCGAUAUCGACAUCCGUAAGGACCUGUACGCCAACAACGUGCUGUCCGGCGGCACCAGCAUGUUCCCGGGUAUCGCUGACCGUAUGCAGAAGGAGAUGACCGCGCUCGCCCCCAGCACCAUGAAGAUCAAGAUCAUCGCUCCCCCAGAGAGGAAGUACUCUGUAUGGAUCGGCGGGUCCAUCCUGGCAUCCCUGUCCACCUUCCAGCAGAUGUGGAUCACCAGGCAGGAGUACGACGAGUCGGGACCAGCAAUUGUCCACCGCAAGUGCUUCUAAAUGUUUCGUAGAGAGAG